AAGAAGCGUUUCUGGGUUGCUCCAAUUUUUAAAAAACGCUGUGAGCAUGGUUUUUACCAUGCCUUGCUGCCAACACUUAAAUUGGAAGAUCUGCGGUUCCAUAUUAUUUUCGGAUGUCAACCACGCAAUACGAAGAGUUGUUAGCCAUUGUAGGCCCGCAUCUAGAGAAACAAUACGUCGUGCGAGAGCCGAUAAGUGCAGCAGAACGAUUGACGUUGACAUUACGAUUUCUGGCAGCUGGUGAUUCCAUGUCUUCAAUGACAUAUCAAUAUUUAGUAGGCUUGACGACUGUAAGCAAUAUUAUUGCUACAACAUGCAAGAUUAUUUGGGAACAUUUGUGUCCUUUGGUUCUUCCACCUCAGUUAUUCGAAGAUGACUGGCGGAGCAUCGCAGAAGAUUUUGAAGAUAUAUGGGACUUUCCACAUUGCAUUGGAGCAAUCGAUGGAAAGCAUGUAACCAUUCAAUGUCCGGAUAAUGCUGGCUCCAAUUUCUACAACUAUAAAAACAGUCAUAGCAUUGUGCUAUUAGCUAUUUGUGAUGCCAAUUAUAUUUUCCGGUUCGUCGAUAUUGGUGCGUAUGGCAGGCGAAGUGAUGGAGGCAUUUUUCGUGAAAGCCGAUUCGUCAACAACUUAAUGCAGGUCAAAUGA